GCUCAAUGCUCCGGCUAUGAACUCUUCCCGGCUAACGAGUCGCGGGGAGCUGCUGCUGCUGCGUUUCCGAGCUGCCCUUGGAAAGUCACCCCUCUCUAUCCGGCCGUGCAAAUCCUGAUAGAGAAGACAACCUGUAUACUGCUGUGGUGACUCUUGAGGGUCAUGCCUGGUAGCAUAAAGCACCAUGUGUCCCGGGUAAGGACACUCUACAGGAAGAUCCUGCAGCUGCAUCGAGCAUUACCACUGGAGCUGAAAGCCCUGGGAGAUCAGUACAUGAAGGAUGAAUUCAGGAGACACAAAUCAGUUGGCCCAGAAGAGGCCCAGCGCUUCCUCCAGGAAUGGGAGAACUAUGCAGUGCUUCUGCAUCAGCAAACUAGCCGAAAUGUACAGAGCUCAACCGGCCAGCUUCACUUUGGAUCUCACCUCUCAGAGAAGGAACUUAAUGCUCUUGCAGAUGAGCAAGUUGGACAGCUAAAAGAACUAAUGCAUGAGGCCACCAAACCCAAGAGACAGUUCAAUAUUUUGGAGGAUACAGAGAAGAAACACUAACAUAUUACUUUGAAAAUGCUCUAAGUAAUUUUAUGGAGUUUCUUUUUGCAUUACUUUUGAAGACAGACUCACUCUGAAGAAUAAACGAAGCUGAUGUAGA